AAACAUUUCAACUCCUAAAGAAAUUCCUUGUCAAAGACACUACUACAUGUUUUCAAUGCUAUAUGUUAUGAAUAUGUUUACUCAAAUAAACUGUGUAUUUUUAGAAGGAAGCACCAGGUUGCACCAGACCAAAUGAAGAAGAAACACUUGUAACAUGUACAACAGUGUUACUAUAGCAGACACAAACUAUUGCUUGUCUUUAAAACAGAAGGUUGUUUCCAGCAUAAUUGCAUCAAUCAUUUUGAUUAGGACUUUGCUGUACCCUGCCUAAACAAAAACAGAGCUAUUCUGUUUUGUAUUUAUGGUUUUAAGACAUCAAAGACAAAAACUCAAGAAAGUCUGUGACAGAAAUACAGAUACACAGCUUGGAUCUAUUUAAGAACUGCACUUCCAGUUGCAAGAAACCAAGAUGACAUUUUUAAACUUAACAGAUUUGGACUUCAGUGACUUCAAUUACUCUUAUGAUGAGAACAGUACUUUUGAUUUCGAUCUAUCGUCUUCUCCAUGUUCCCAAUCCUUUUUUGCCUUGAACGGUGCUAUUUUGGUGAGCAUUUAUACCUUUGUGUUUCUCCUCAGUCUGUUGGGAAAUAUACUAGUAAUAUAUGUGAUCUGCUGCAUGGAAAAGCAAAAAUCUUCCACUGAAAUCUACCUAUUGAAUUUGGCCAUUUCUGAUCUUUUCUUUGCCUUAACUCUUCCUUUCUGGGCAGUUUAUGUAUAUUCAGAAUGGAUUUUUGGGGACUUCAUGUGCAAGUUAGUGUCUGUUAUGCAAGAGGCAAACUUCUACAGUGGUAUUUUGCUUCUGGCCUGUAUCAGCAUUGACCGCUAUUUGGUGAUUGUCCGUGCUACACAAGCUUUCACCAAGAAACGACUACUUGUGCGCACCUUGUGCAUUGGAGUUUGGCUGAUGGCGGCACUGCUUUCCGUGCCUUUCCUCAUAUACCGCCAGGCUUUCUAUUCAAUGUCCUACAACAGGACAGUGUGCUACGAAUAUAGUAGUGCAGAAGAACUGUACAAGUGGAAGGUGGUCAUCCGUUUCCUGCGACACACAGUAGGCUUUUUUAUCCCUUUAGUCAUCAUGGUUUUCUGCUACGGCUUCACCAUGAAAACCCUCUUUCAGACCAGAAGUGGGCAGAAGCACAGAGUGAUGAGGGUGAUCUUUGCUGUGGUACUGGCCUUCGUCAUCUGCUCGUUACCCUAUAAUGUCACUUUGUUUGUGGAUACCUUGAUGCGAGGAAAGGUCAUCACGGAGACAUGUUCUUUACAGAAUCAGAUUGAUGUCACCAUACAGGUCACCCAGAUUCUUGCUUUUAUGCACUGCUGCAUUAAUCCCAUCCUGUAUGCGUUCAUUGGCCAGAAGUUUCGCAACAGUUUCUUCACAGCUCUUUUCCGACAUGGUUUCAUCAGCAAGAAAAUCUUGUCGACAUACCGACGGGACUCUUCUCACUACUCAACAUCUGGAAAUACAUCUACAACGCUGUAGACCUUCGUGUUUGGGAGAAUAAACAUUCUACCCAAGACUGUGAGCAACAGUGAUUGCAGAUCGAAAACAAUAACCUUUACAUUGCAUUCAUUGGCAAUAUAACAAAAUAAAAAUAAAAGCAGCUGGUCUGAGAAUACAUGAACAAACAUGUAUUUGUUGUAAGGCAUGUUCAGACACCAGACAUUUAAAUUGAAACUUGUGUUUUUAUUUUCAUUGUAUAUUACCUUUUAAUAUGCCUUUUAUUUUUUGAGAGCAGCAUUUUUUAAGUUUGUAGAUUUGUCAGUUUUGGAUAUACUGUUUGUAUUUCAGUUGCACAGAUAUCACCAUAUUGAAACGACAACUAACUUGAGCAGUAGAGGGUUCUCUUAAACUUUUAAUUUCAGCCUUCUAUCCAGUCCAUUUAGGGACUUAACAAUAUGAACAUAUUAAAAACCUUUGCAAAUUAUAUUAUAUUAUAUACUAUACGUCAUGUUAAUGUCCUGUUGAAACUGCUUUUCAUAUCAAGCAAGAAUCAUAGUAAACAUUACCCUUUGAGGAAUUGAGGGAACAACAAUGCUUUCCUAUGAGAAUGCCAUAUUUCCACAGUUGUGAUCUAUUAAAGAUAUAUAACCUCAAUGCCAUCAUUGAGACUUCCAAAAAUACUACAACAUUGUAAUUAAGUCUCUAACAUAAUAUUUGAAUAACAGCUAUUUUAGCUAAUAAACCUUGUUUUUUUUUGCACUCAAAAAUUAUUUAUUGAUAUUACUGUUUAACUACUGAUGUAUUUUAUCCAUUUAUGUUCAAUCUUUGUCCUGGUAAGAGUCACAGUGACAUUAUUCAUCUUCUUUUCCAAUAAGAAUACCAACAUAAAUACCAUUCCCAGUCUCUUCAACAUUACAUCAUAAUAAUAGGAAGUAUUCGCAUUGUUUUGCAAUAGACUUUAGAAAUGUUUGAAACCUGUGAAACAGAAAUUCUAAAAAACCUCAAAAAGUCCAUUACUGAAGUACUAAAAUAUGGUGCUGAUUUAAUCUUUUUAGUAUCAAGUCUAUAAUCUACGAGCACAAUUCUAUUUCAAGAAAUAAGGAGCAAAGACAAGCAUAACGCAUUGACUUCUAAGUCACUUAUCAGGUGUGUUAAUUCGUUCAACGAGCACAAAGAAAACAUCAUCAGUUGAUAAGUUAAUUUUUUGCAUUAGCUGAAAACUGAGUUUGGUGGUGAUCACAAUCAACACAUUUCUGUGGUCCAUUUCUAUGAUAUUUUUUCAAUGUGUUGUAAAUUAAAACCAGAAUAGCUACUACCGAAAUGAUAUUACAUAUAUUGUAACUUUAAACAGAAAGCAGUGAAAGUCAAUGGAAAGGUAACCAUAUGUUCUAAAUGAGAUGCUCUUUAAGUGGAUCUAAAUAGAGCAAUCACAUUCUAAGUCAUGAAAACUAUUCCAACUGAUGGGGGAUUCAUCACAAACGUGCACUUCAGGUGUCAUUUCUAUGUAAUACAAUAAUUUGAAAAUGUGAUAUUAUGUGUCACUUUCCAUGUGUUUUUACAUCUCCUUCUUCAUUCCCAAACAUUUUUGUUCCACAGUGUGCUUUUAUUCUAUUUUAUUCUUGUUGAGACUACUAAAAUGAUAUGGAAUAAAGGAGAGAGUUAAAGAGCCGCAGUCGAAUGGAUUUUAUAGACUAGCCUAGUAACAUGCAAGUGAUUAUACACUUAAGUUGUCAAUCUUUUAAAAAUGUUUACUGGUAUCUUAAAGUAAUAGUGGUCACUAAGGGCUCAAGGCAAUUAUGAUGUUUUUAUCCAAAAUCAUCUCUAUUUUUUGUUGAUUUAACACAUCACCUGCUUAAUCACAACGUAAUUGUUCCAGGUCAAAUUGGAAUUUAAUGAUGACCUGCAAAACAUACAGGAUUGGGGUUCUCCAGAAUAGCUGCUGGAAAUCUGUGUUUAAAAAAGAAAAACCUUGCAGUUGAUUCAUUGUAGAUUUUCUUCACUUUCAUACAUUUAUUUUAAGUUGUUUAUAUACAUAAGUAUGUUUAUGCACCGUGCAAUGCAAAGGUAUUCAGACCCUUCUUAUGGUAUCCCAUUUUGUGGAAUUACAAAAUAAUUAGCCCCAGUUUUAAUUCUUUGGCUGAAUGAAAAUUGUUUCCCACUAGUAUUUGUCUAUACUUUCCUCCAUCCAUGUCUCUUUUAAUGCUUACAAUACCUUUCAGGCCCUGAUGAGAAGGAGCAAAACCAUGCUUUAGUGCAGGGGUGGUAUUGAUUUGGAGGUGUGCAGCGUUGCAACUGCACCUAGCAUUUAGACCAAAAGGUCCAAUUAGAUCUCAUCUGACCACAGCACCAUUUACUACAUUUUGGCAGGAUCAUUCAGGUGUUUCAAACUUGAUGCAAUCUUUAAGGUGACUUAUUGUUGGUAAUGGCUUCCUUGCACCCUGUCAUAUAAUCUAGAUAUUGUUAACUGAUGGACAUUUUUUAUCUCAGCCACUGUUUCAAAGUUUCAUUGUCCUCACAGUGGCAUUCCUCACCACUUUCCUCCUUGCCUGGGGCCACCUGACCUAAACAGAAUGGCUCAUAAAAGCUUGUUGAUAUAUUUUUGGCAUCUAAAGUAAUUUAGGGUUGCCAUAGCGAAGUGUUUGGAUAUUUGUGCAAUAAUGACUUUUCCAUUUUUCUUUCAUGUAUAUUAUCUGUUCACAUUUUCCCUUUUGUCUUUUGCUUUGAAGACUUAAAGUAGGUUCUGUACAUAACAAAUUGUAAUUGAAUUUAAACGUGCCAUGACUGCAAGCUUUAAAACAACAAAAUGUAAAAACUGUGCAAGUGUCUGAAUUCUUUCACCAGGAAUUGUAUAUACUGUAUUUGUCAAUCUUACAAUAAAUAUUUUCUUUU